CACAAGGUUGGGCGGGCAAUGACGGCGGCGGCGGAGGAGGGGGCGGCGGUGUGCGUGACGGGGGCAGGAGGAUACGUCGCAUCAUGGCUGGUCAAGCUUCUUCUCUCCAAGGGCUACACUGUUCACGGCACCGUUCGAGGAGACGCCGCAGGAGAUGUGGUAAAGUAUGGUCACUUGAAGAAGCUGGAAGGAGCUGCUGCAUCGUCAAUGUCAGGGAAAUUGAAGUUGAUGAAGGCGGACUUGCUGGACUACGAGUCGCUGGUUGGGGCUGUGGCAGGAUGCGACGCCGUAUUCCAUGUUGCUUCCCCCGUACCCUUUGCCCUUAUAUCCGACUUCUCCACCGCUCAGAAGGAACUAUUGGAGCCUGCUGUGAAGGGUACAUAUAAUGUACUGAAGGCUUGUUCUGAAACAAAUGUGAAGCGCGUAAUAAUUGUGUCCUCGGUAGCUGCUGUUUAUAUGAACCCUAACUGGCCUGUUGAUAAAGUGAAGGACGAGUCUUGCUGGUCCGACGAUAAAUAUUGCACUGAAACAAAUAACUGGUAUUGUCUUUCGAAAACAAUAGCAGAAAGAGAUGCCUUUCAGUAUGCACAAAAACAUGGGCUUGAUGUGAUUUCUGUUUGCCCAUCACUUGUUUUGGGCCCAAUGCUACAGCAGACACCUAAUUCCAGUAGCUCUGUUCUCAUCUCUCUUUUGAAAGAAGGAUCUGAAACGGUUCAAAAUAAGACACCAAUUGUGGUGGAUGUACGCGAUGUGGCCGAAUCACUGCUGCUAGCCUAUGAGAACCCUGAGGCUGAAGGUAGAUACAUAUGCAACGCUCAUACACUAAGUGUUCAGGAUAUGGUGGAAAUGUUGAAGGAAAUGUAUCCACACUAUAAAUACCCCAAGAGCUUCUCGAAGCCUGAAGGGAAUGGCAUAGAGCACAAAGUGACUUCACAAAGGCUGCAGGGGCUGGGCUGGUCUUUUCGGCCUCUUAAGGAAACUCUUAAAGAUUCAGUAGAAAGUUACAGACAAGCUGGCCUCUUGGAUUAGCAUAUACGUGUGUGUGUAACCACUACUAUUUGCUGUAUGUAAUGUGAUUUCUUCUUUGCACCAACUGUCUGCUCGUUGAAAUGGGUGGUUGUUGAAUUAAAA